UCUUGCCAUCGACUGUACAGCCCCCUUCCGCCCACCAUCGACACGAUAUAACGCCGCCGCACCUGCUGCUCUCUUUCCUUCUCGCCUCACCUGCCCACAGCUCUCUUCAAACUUACACAGAACCCAGUUCGAGUGAGCAUUCACCAUCAGAAAAACAACUCGGCGCCUUUCACCCAUACAUUAUCCCACUUUGCGACAUCCCACCGCCACCAUCGGCCUCCACUUACACGCCACCCAGCCUCGGCGUCACCCUGGCCUGCCCACGUUAGAUAGACUGGAGAGCAACUUCGUCUUGUCGCCACGACUAUACAUCACCACAGCCAUGUCUGGAACCUCAUCACCUACAUCGUCACUGGGCUCGCCCACGCGGCCCAUUUUUGCCCGCCGCCCCUCGUCCAACAAGUCGCUGUCUCUCGACCUCACCAACCUGCCACCCCUCCAGCAGCCCACUCCGCCAACAAACACCCUGCUCAUCACCAACCUCGACGACGUAGACAUUUUCCGCCCCGACAACCUCCAGACCAUUCGCGGUCUUAUCGAAAAGACUGCGCCAGUCUACACCUGGUCGCCGCUCAAGUCCUUCCGCCGCAUCAUCGUGUCCUUCUACGACGAGCAGGCUGCGAUCAACGUUCGCCAGAUCUGGGACAACGAACUGAUCAUGGGCGAGCGCACCCGGGUCUACUUCGGACAGCCCACGCCAUUGAACCAGGACGCCAAGGACAAGCACCUCGAGCUGCCCGAUGCUGGCAAGCUCUUCUUCAUCAGCCCCCCUCCCUCGCCACCCCACGGCUGGGAGCAGAAGCUUGAGGAUGCUCCCAACACCAUGGUCCAUGCUGAGGAUCUCGCGGAUGCCCUUGCCAAGCUGCACCAUCGCCCGACCGCCGAUGCGGCCGAGGUCACACCUGUCUCACCGGUUGACGCAGCCUCGUUCGGUGGCCGGACACGCAGCAGGAGCAGCACUCUGAUCUACCAACCUGAGGCGCACGGUGGCAGCCCUGGUCUGCCUGCCAUCUCAGUUGAUGACAUGACUGAUUCACCUGGCGCACUGAGCCCUAUCGAGAAGCCCAUCUUGGCUCAUACUUCGAGACCGCCUGUCGAGCUCAUGAUGGCUGAUGCUUGAUUCGACGUCAGUCGAGGGUUCUCUCGACUUAAAAAUCUGUAAAUACUGUAAAGCCCUUUUAGAUGGCCGCUCUAUUCUCGAGCCAUCAUAGCUGCGCGAGUAGCAUGUACAUACAAAUAUCCCUUGACUGGAACAGGCGUUGGAGAUCAAGGCUUUUGGGAAGCGAUCGUAGCAUUUUAAAUAAUGGUCUUGGACUGUGGGAAUUCCCGGCAGUCAAUAGUAUAAAAGCAAUCAAGCAUACAUAUGCACAGCACUUUCGAUGAUGGGGCUUGUGAUUUGAGGUGGGUUUGGCCAUAGAACUUCAUACCGAAAUUCAGCAUCACUCAGCCAUUUUUUAGAUCC